GCUGUGGUGCAAGGCCAUUUUUGCUGGCUACAAACGUGGCCUGCGAAACCAGCGGGAGCACACUGCCCUCCUGAAGAUUGAAGGUGUUUAUGCCCGUCAGGAGACAGACUUCUACCUGGGCAAGAAGUGUGCCUACGUGUACAAAGCUAAAAACAACACGGUGACCCCCGGGGGCAAGCCCAACCGGACACGGGUGAUCUGGGGGAAGGUCACCCGCGCCCACGGGAACAGCGGCAUGGUGCGCGCCAAGUUCCGCUCCAACCUCCCCGCCAAGGCCAUCGGGCACAGGAUCCGGGUGAUGCUGUAUCCAUCUAGGAUCUAAAUUUUUACUGGAAAUAAAAUGGAAAAUCUGUU